ACUUUUUGCAUCUCAUUAUUUGCUUUCUCUCUUACUAAUUGCUUUCUUGCACUUUUUUAAUUGCCGUUUUAUUUUUUAUUUUAUCGUUCUUCUCUAGCUCUUUCGUGCUCUCUCCCGCUCUUUAUCUCUCGCUCUAUCGGUCUUUCUUUCUCUCUCACUCUCGCACUGUCUUGCUCUCAAGCGUUUCUGUACUCUCGUAUUCUUUCUCACUCUACCGCUCAAUCGCUUUCUCGCGCUGUCUUGCUCUGUCAUUCUCUCGUGCUCCCGUUAAUAAAGAUCUUUAUUUUUAAUUAAAAUUUAAAAUAAUUUGGACUUUUUAAAAUUUUUUAUUUUUUUUUCUUUAACACAAUACAAUGCAUAUUAAAGAUAACAUCAAAUAACUUAUAACAAUUUUAAAUUGAUAAUACAAUAAGAUUGAUAUAUAGAAUUUAUAAAUUUUAGUUAAAAAUUAUUUUAAAAAUAUAAAGAAAAUGAAUUUUAAAGACAAAUUUUCAAAAAAUGUGUAAAUAUUUAUGAACUUAAAGAAAAUAUAAAUAAUAAUUUAUUAAAUCAGUCGAUAGCUGAUGAAAUUCUUAAUGAAGAUGAUUUAUUAAAUCAGUUAACACCAAAUGAUGUUUUAGAUAAAAUUGAAAUAUAUGAUUCAACCAUGUAAGUAACUUAUUAUAACGUAUAAACAAUUAAUUCUUUACAAAUCACAUUUUCAUGACAUUAUAUCAUAAUUAUUUCUCUACCAUUUUUGUUUAUAUAUUUUUUACUCCCUAUGUUAUCCCCAUGUUUGUAAAAUAAAAUAAAAUAAACAUAACAAAUAUAACAGUAAAAUGAACAUAACAUAAUUAUAACAGUAAAAUAAACAUAACAUAAUUAUAACGAUAAUAAUAUAAAUAUAAUAAUAAUAAUUUAUAUAAUAUUCUAUAAUUUUUACAGAGAAGUAAUCGGUUACGUUGACAGUAUUGAAUCUCCACGUAUUGUUGACAAUAACCAACAAUACAAAUUUUUUAUUAAUAAUGGUGCCGGGAGAAAAAUCCAAAUUAUAGCUUGGAAUGAUGAUGUGGAUCGAGUAGAACAACUAAUUCAAUCAAAUUUUCUACUUUUUUCGAAUAAUUUUGUUUUUGUCUUUUUUCUAUUAAAUGAUUGUAUUAUAAUAUUAAAAUACUUUUGAAAAGGUUGUUCAUUUAGACGGAGUACAAACAAGAAUGCAAAAAAUUAAUAUGUACAAUAAUGGAAAUGUUCCUUACGAACUGUUAAUCCGGAAAAAUACAGUAAUCACUAAUCUAAGGAAAUAUCAUCGUAAAUUAGAGCAAAUCGCUCCAAAACAUGUUACAUUAAGUGAGGUUGUAAACACCUCACAAUGUAUUAUUUUGGAAGCAUACAUUAAAACAAACUUUGCGUCAGUUUUUAAUACUAAAUUAAAUAAAAACAUAGGUUGCGGUUCAAUUACUGACUGAACAUACAAAGUAGUUCAUAUAACCAAUUUUGACACAGAAAAAUAUUCUGCUAUAAAAUUUAACAAAGGAGACAAAAUUGAAAUUGUCGGAACGAUGCAAAAUUCAGGUAAUAUAGUUUUAUAAAGACAUAGAAAUAAGAGAACUGGAAGAUGGCGCAGAUAAGAGUAGAGGCAUUACGGAGAGCUUUGGAGUGAAAGGUGAUGUGCAGGUGAAAAGUGAGAGAGGGGGAGGAAAGAAGUGGAAAUGCGGGAAGAGAAGAUCGGGAAACGAACGGGUAAUUGGAGGGAAGUGAAAAGAAGACGGAAGUGAGAAAAUAUGAGGAUGGAAGUGUCGGGGAAUCUAUCGGAGUAGUGAGAGAAGAAGGCAGGAAAGAUGGAGGCAGUGAACAAGAAGAAGAGGUCAGAGAGAAGGCGCUAGAGAGAUACAAUCAGAGGAGAGUAUCGAUGAGAGAAAGUGCGGGGAACAGAGGAGAGGAAUAGUGGUGAGAAGAGAGAAGUAAGGGAGGAAAGUGAGGAUGGAAGAACUGGGAAGAGAGUUAAGAAAAUUGAGGUGGGAAGUGAGACGAGGAGGCUGAGGGAGGUUAGAGAGAGGUUAAGAGGCUUGGAAGAGAGGUUAGAGGCGCUGGAAGGAGGACUGAGACGGGAAGAAGAGGAAGCGGGGGAGAAGGAGGAGAGGAGGAGUAUGCGGGAAGUAAGAGGAAAAAGCAAUGGAAAGGGGGAAAUUCAGCAGAACGGUAACGAAGAAAAGAGAAAGCUGAGAGAGAAGAGGAACGGACAGGACGAUAGAGGAGAACGAAGGGGAAAGGGAGACGAACAGUUGGAUGGAGAGAAGAGGGAGAAAAAGAUGGGGGAUGGCGAGAACGGGAGGAGAAGAGAAGAGAGAGGAAAGGAAGGGAAGAGGCGGAAGGACAGGUGCGAGGAGAGCUGGUGGCAGGAAACAAAAAAAAAAGAAGAGGAGGAGAGGCGAAAAGGCGAGGCGAGAAGUGAGAAGGAAGGAAGCAGUCAGGACGGAAGGAGAGAGGAGGGAGGACAGACAGGAGGAGCUGGCAGGGAGGAGAGGAAGAGCGCAAGAAGAGCAGAGGAGGAGGACAGGGAUGAGAAUGGGGAUAGUGGCGGUAAAGGGGGGAGAGGGGUAGAAGCAUGGAAAAGGGUGGAAAGAGAAAUGGAGAAAAGGAUGAGAGAGAGGGCGGAGAAAGAGGGACGGGAAAGGAUGAGGGGAGUAGAAGGGGAGGGAGAGAAGAAUAAGGGAGGUAAGAAGAAGAAACAUAAUAUGGAGGAGAGUGAAGGGGAAGGGGGCGAUAGAAAGAAAGGUGAUAAUAGAGGGGAUAAUGAAAAGGGAGAUGGGAAGGAAGGUGGAGAUAGGAAUGGUGACAGAAAGAGUGGGGGAAAGAGGCAUGAUAGUGGUGAUUACGGAGGUGGUGAGGGAAGAGGAUAGAGACUGGUUGUUAGAGAGGAGGGCCAAGAUUAAGAGUCGUUGGGAAGUGAGGUUAGACGAAGAUUUGUCAAUGGAGGAGAGAAAAAUCAGGUGAAGGAUGCUGGAAAGGGUAAAUGAGGAGAGGAAUAAGGGAAAGAAAGUAUAUGUAGGGAAUAGAAGUAUAUAGGUGGACGGGGUAGAACGGGUGUAGAAUAUAGGGAAAAAAAAGUGGGAAAUGGGCGAAGGAGAGGAAAAGGGGGGAGGGAACUAAGGGGGGAGAGGAGGUAGAGGAGGAUGAGAAGGGAGGAGAGUAGCGGUAUGUUUUAUGUUUUGUUUUUUAUGUUCUUAGGAAGAGACAAAGGAUGGUGGGGGGAGAGACAUAGGGAGGAGAGAAGACUUGGGUGGAUGGAGAUGGUAAGACAGAGAGAGCGAAGGAGAGCAGGGAGAAACAGAAGAGGAAGAGAGACCCACUGAGAUGUAAACAGAAGAAGCGAUUGGAAAGAGGAAACCAGAGAGAAGAGGCGACGGAAAAGGGAGGGGAAAAAUGGUGGAGGAAGAAUCAGAGAGGAGGAGCAGUGGAAGAGGAAGUAAAGAUUGGGGGAAGGGGGGGGGGUAUUAGUUUGUAAGGGUCGCAUAAGGCCAGGUCGGGUCGGAAAGGGAGAGGUGUUGUAAUUUGUAAACGGUUCGGGUACGCUCCGUAGUUCAAAAGCGCCAUUGUAACUCCAUUACAGGAAAGCAAUAAACUUUAUUAUUAUUAUUGAGACAUAAAAAUAAUAAUUAUAAUAAAUAAUAAUAUAAUAAUAUAAAAUAAUAAUAAUAAUUUUCAGCAGUUAAUAACAACAAGCAAAAUA